GAGAAGCACCAGACGUGGUGCGCUUUUUUUCCGUUUUUCAAUCUGCUCCUUGCAACUAUCCUCGAUUGAGAAACACAGUGUUUCCUAUCCUCCGAUACCCACCUGCUGUAUACAAUAUUGGCGUACACUUUCUCUUUAUAGAAUUUGUUGUUGUUGCUGUUGUUGUUGUUUACCGCAGAAAGCACGAGGACCUGUUUUGACGGCACCGAUGCAGCAGCUGCCUUCGAGUCUCCAUAGAAGUGUAAGCGAUAUUGAACAAUAAAAAAAAAACUCGGUUUAAAUACAUACAAGCAACAUAGAUAAGGAAAAACACCAUAGAAUAUGAAUCGCUCGCGAUGCAGCUUUCGGCGUUUAAUUUUAGGGCUCAGCAUCGAGGAUGCCCAAAGUAAAUUCGACACACCGGAGUCACGUAGUCUUCUCCGUGUUGCUCAUGAGCGGUUCAAUCAAGGUAUCUAUCACGAACUUCAAAUAGCCCAACGACAGCGCAACGGACUUGCACCGGAAAGAAAAUGCCACAUUAGCCGGUUUACCAAGCCUAGCGUACCCGGUUUUCAGGCGUACGUCAAGGAUGUACCGGAUGAUUACGUAGUACGGGAAAUUUGGGAAGAUUCGGAAGAAGUGUCGGCAGCGUCUGAGGAACCGGAAAAACUGGCUCAGAGUUCAUCACUAGUUCACAGCAGCGAAAGGGUCAAUCAAGUGGUUGAGUCGUCAAAAGUUGUGAUGGAGCGUAGAAGUUUUAAAGAGUCCAAAGACCUUGUAUUGCGGACACUCAACUCAGCAUUGCAGCUCGUUACGCAAAGUGUGUUAGCUGAGCUGAAAGACCGUCGACAGAGCGGUGCGUUAAUCUCCAAGGACCAUCAGGUAUCUGUUGUGGACCGCCUUGUCGGUGAAGUCGCGGAAUCAAACGCUAAAGGAUACAAAAGCCUCUCCUCAUCGUCCCACCUGCUGGAGCCGGUCGAGAUGGCCGUCACGCUCUUCGGUCGCAAAGACACGACCGAGCUGCAGGCGUUUAAAAAUCCUCUGCUGGCAGUGCCGGCAGCUGAAGGUGAUAUUUCGUACUCGCUGUGGGUGGCCGGUGGUAUUGUCGCGGACAGCGGGCUUAUGCAAGAGUUUCCGUUUCACAUCGCCAAAUUUGUCGCCCCAAAUAACGCAGCAACCGCGGCAGCAAACCGCCUGCCCCAUGUUGAGGUUGAGAUUUAUUUUUCUCCGGAAUUAUUUCAGCUGGAGAAAGCAAUUGGGCAAAACGGCGUGUUUACACUUCGCCAAUUCAUUGGGCAAACCAUGAUGAAGCAACAUGAGCCGUCGCCGACGUCGUCGUCCCUGCUGCUCAGUGCUUCGGGUGAAGAAGAGCGUGCUUUAUACAAAAUAUGCAAUCCCGUGUGUGACAACAACUCGGUUCGUAUUCCGUGGAUUCGCAAAAUGGUCACGAAAGUGUCUACCGUUACCGGGGUCGUUUUUAGUGCAGCAGAUUCGGAUGAGAAUCCUUCGUCUGAUCGCAUGCGCGCCGCGGUGACGUCGGUAUGGCGAGCAUGGGGACACUUGAUCAAGGACCUUCACGUGCACGGCGAUCUCGAUUACUUAUAUGUUUCGAUCAGCCGAUUAAAGGAGUACGAAGAGAACGAAGAGUACAUUGCCGAGUUGAAGGAAUUGGAGGCUGCUCGCGAUACAAACCCAGCUGAAGCCAGCCUGCAUGGGGAAACGACCGACUCUGCACGCGCUUUGACAUCUCUCUCACUUGCACCGUAUACCAGUGGCGCGACCAAAUCGGGUUCGCGCAAACGAUACGUGCCUCUUUCAGCUGAUUUUGUGGUGAUUGAAUGCACGCUGGAGCGUAAAGGCUUACCGCACAACAUGGUGGUUGAGGACAUUACGAAAACACUCACCGACAUGCAGCACGAUCAACUACAACUGCUACGUCUGUCUGUUGUCGACGCCAUCGACGCAGACACGGACUCUGAGAACAAAAAGAAAUCAAAAAACGCCCUAAGUACUGAUGCGCUCGUGCCUGUUUUUUACGAACCCAAAGUUGUAGUCUCGCACUCCGGAAUGCUAGAAAACGGGACACAUUCGUUUCAACGUAUUCGCAUUCGUGGCAGCUGUCGCGCACACGUCGAGACCUUGUUGGCAUCGCUGCAAGACGAAAUUGGUGACUACUUCACCGACCGAUCUCUUCCGUCACCGGCUGCAGCAAGUAGGAAAGGCACAACGUCUUCACAGGGCCACGCUGACUCAAGUGCACUGGCACUCCCCAAGAACUUGUCUUUCCACGCGGUACGUGUCCCGAGAAACGGAGCACACAGCAACAGAGGGCGAGGGCUUAUCGGCCACACAGCACCAUCGUCUGCUGUCGUCGGUGAAAAGGUGGGCGACUCCGCGGCUACGCACUCUCUGCACGCUCGCCACCAGGUUCUCUCGCUCGCUCCAGACAGCUCCACCGUCGUGACCAACGAUGAGCGGCAAUUUUGGAAAGAGAACUACUACCGACUUUUCGACGUGAAAGUGGUGUACCACAACCGUGUCGACGCGGAAGAUGUGCUGGGUCAGUCUGCGGACUCACUUCCGCAGCGCGUCAAGGAGCACCUAGCGUUGGUGAAUCGCCGACGAUCGCAGAACGACGGAGAAGGAUGCGGUGGUGCUGACAACGGCGCCGAAGAAGAUGCAGAGCGCGGCAGUCACGCUGCAACGGCGGCUGAAAAACGGAAAGGGAAAAAGAGUUCCAAGAAAAAAGGCAAGCGGGGUAGCAAAGUGGACAAGAAGCAAGCCGCUGAAGCCGCACCACCGAAGCUCCCGCCGGAGAAGCUUUUCGAGUACCUCUGCACCGACAUGGAAGCGGAAAGCACGCGGUUUGAUCUUCGCAUCGGGGACUGUACGGCGUACGACUACCUGCUCAAUCUUCGACGGAUUCCAGAAAAGCAUCUACCCCUCGUCACACCCGCCGUGACUUCCGUUGCAAGAAAAGGCUUCAUCAACUACUACGGUCCGCAGCGCUUCGCCACGUACACAAAGAUGAACAUGCACCCCGGGCUGCACCUACUGAAAGGUGAGCACAAGGCCGCAGCACACAUCUUAGUCCAGCAGUUUUAUCUCGACGCCGCGCUAGAGGCGGAACGCCAACGCACCGGACACGCGUUUCCGCGGAUGCAAGCCCUUCAGGGCUACGGUGGUGCGCGGCUGCCCGAUUUCCUGCGCUCCGGUACCCGCCGCUCUGUCGCGGAGCAUGGGUCGCCGAUGCAGAAGGUGCUCUACAACGCACUCCAGGCCGCCGCGCUCAUCUCCGGCGACAACGCGGACGGCGAACUCAACGGCCACGGUGCGUCUUCACUCACCUCGCCCCGCCGUCAGAGCAGUUUUGGCGCACGGCAACCGAAACCGUUCGCAGCGCCGCCGCCGGCAGUACGGACAGGCGGUGGAAUAGGCGCGAGCGGCAUCGACGACGACCCAUGUGCCGAGGCUUUUUUGCGCGUCAUCGGCCCUCGGGCUUGUGCGAUGCUCAUUCAGGAAUUUCUGUGUUUUGUAUGGAACGACGUGGUGAAUCAGCGAUUUCAGCGUUACGGCACCUUCUCGCUGCUGCCCGGCGACCUCGUGCGACGCCGCGGCGCCACUUAUGAUCUCGCAGACGGCGAUGAAGUAGAGGGGGGGGUGGCAAGGCAGCCCAUCUACGCCUCGCGUGAUGCCAUUGCUCGUGGUGUGUACACGCCCUACGACCUCGUGCUGCCGCUUCCCGGCGCGCACAUUCAACUCCCGCAAAAUCAUACAGAGGAUUUGUACGUGGUGACGCUGCAGCGUUAUGGCCUCCCGUUCGAUCCGGAGUCGCGGCAGUGGCAGUGCUUUUCCCCACCCCGGUGGUCGAACAGCGGGGAAAAUCGAAGGCAAGAUGGUGGCAUCUCGCCGUACUACAAUCUUACCUCCACUUUUGCCUUGAUGGAGGAGGAGCUUGGAACCCGCACGCCAUCUGCCGAGGCGUUGCUGCGCCAUAAUGACGACGACCACGGCGGCCGGCCUCUGCUAUCGUCGUCUUCGUCGAUGGAAGAGGAGAAAGGUGAAGAGGAGAGUUUUGAUGCGGCAGGUCUGCGACCCGACCUGCGGCCUCUGCGCGGCGGCAGCGGCAACCCGUUGGGGCUUACGCUGGAGGCGACGUACCGCCAUCCGUUGGUGCAGCCCAGCGGGCAGGAAAUGCGGUGGCGGCUCAUCCGAGGCGCCGUGGGAGACCCGUACCAGCGCUGGGGCCUCGCCACACGAGCCCAGGCACGCCUCAACGAGACCACCGCGACGACCCUGAGUCUCGUGGGCGCUGCAGCAGGGGCGACGCGGCAAUUGGAGGAGCCGGGCUGGUCGUCUUCCGCCACGGCCGCCACGUCGGUGGUGAAGCGACCUGUUGCGCUGCAUCUGCCCAAGAGUGAGUCGGGCGGAGCCGUCGAGGACGAAGAGGGCGCUGGCGUGAAGAUGAAGGAGUUAACGCCGGGCAGCUCACUGACAGAGACGACGACGGCGACGCAAAGCGGGCGUGGGGCUGUAGACAGCAGUGUCCAGACCAGCAGACCGGUGUCUUUUGUCCGGUCACCCGCCGCGGUGAAGGCGGCCACCUCGUACCGUAGUCCCAAGCUGUGGUCCGGUACUUCGCAGUUCAUGCGGCAGUCAACCCUGCAGCGUACGAGUGGAGAUGAUGGAGGCGAAGGGAAGAAGCCGGCAAUUCGAUCACGCUACCGUCGCGCUCCGCCGGUGCCGUCGUGGCUACCCCAACAUCAUGGCAGCGUCCUCCAGGUGCACUUACGGCUGCCGGCUGGGGUGUACCCCGGUAUGUUGCUGCGGGAGUUGCUGAAGAUGGACGUGAACACGCCCGACAUCGUUGACCUCGACCGCACCGCCUCCUCCCGCGCAGAUCGCCGGCCGCGGUCGUGGCAGGAACUCACGCCUGAUCAGCAGGCAACCUACCAGAAGUGGAUUGCAAAGCGCCGUCAGCAACGGAGAUUUGUGCAGCGGCCGCGCGCCAUUGGCUUAGCGUUGUUGCAUCAACAGAUUUUCCGCAGCAGUGGGGUGCGCCGCAGCCUUCUGCCCACCUUGCGCAGCUACGACAGUGUCGCGAAGUGA